AUGGUUGAGAAUCCCGGCGGUGACUUGUGGGUCAGAGACGAGACCCAAAAGGCAAUUCGAGCUCGAUUGUGGAAGUCAUGGGAUGUUUUCGGGGAGACGUUGAGAGACAUACAGACAGCGACUGAUGAUAUGUAUGAGAAGCUUGGUGGUGGGACCGAGACCUCGUGGUCUGAUAAGACCCUUGCGGCGAAAGAGCUCAAGCGCAUAACAUUUGCCUUGAGUCGAUCAGCCUACUCGGACCAGUUGGCUACCAUCAGAGAUGGCAUAUCGAACUUGGAAUCAUUGGCGACGAUGAGUAUUGAACUAGAGCCCAAGAGACGAGUGAGAUCCCAGGUCAAAGCUCUCAGCAUCUUACACACUCUUUGUGUUGACGAAGACGAGGAUGUGGUUCGGGGUCACCAUGUUGACUUGUUCCUCACUCAUUCGCGACCAAUAGAUAAGAAGUCGCAUCUUGUCGCGCCCACGAGACAGAAUUGGGAAGGGAGACUUCUGAAAGUGGUUCCAAACGCCCAAAAUCCACCUCGAGUUCCCACCAGUUUGUCAUCACCAUCAUUACCGACCGGACACAAACUUGGGGGGGAAAAGAGAUCCGUCAGGUUCUCAAUGUCGCGAUUCUCUUCGUCAAGUACAAUGACUGAGAUGAAUACCUCUUCUAUCGCCAGUGCUGUUGCCUGCAUAUCUCUAGAGGCAACCACACCUGCUUCGCAGAGCUAUCAGCCAUGCCUUGACCUUUGCAGUGAAACGAAGGCAAGCAUUGGAUCUGCCUGCUUGGGCUCCAUCACCGACGAUUCAGCGGGGCAAAAACGGACGUACCUAGUCUACAAUUCUACUCUACUAUUACUGGAAGUUCAUGACUCUAUAGUCCCAUUGUCUGAUGUACUUCGAAACGGAGAUACACGGCAUCUCUUUACAUACAGGCAGCGACUACAGCUUGCAGUUAUCAUUGCAACUAGCGUAGUUCAUUUAUACAAAACACCAUUUAUGAACGAUCUACCUACAGCCCGAAACAUUAUUCUUUUCCAGAGGCAAGGUGUCGUCGACUACAGCAGAGCCUUUCUCAAAAGCGAUCGCAGCUACCUAGCAAAAUGCAGCUCGGGUGUCGCGAUACCAACUCCCAAGCUACUGCCUAUUGGUGUUUUGCUUAUUGAGCUUAUCAAAGGUCAAAGUUUAGAGUCCCUUCGAACUCCGAACGAGAUACUUGGUGGCAAUCUAACUGCCUUGUCAGACUUUAUCACAGCACAGCGUCUUGCUGAUGAGAUAUGCCAGGCUAGCUCAAACUAUGGUAGUGCAGUGCGACGAUGCCUAGAUGUUGGAUUCAAAGCCCAGGCUUGUGCUGUGGAGGAUGAGAAUUUCCAGCACAACUUCUAUUCUGGUAUAGUUGCCUUAUUGGAAGAGGACCUAAACAGUUUAUAG